CUUACACAGCGGAGAAGUCGUGGCUGGAGUGACGAUGUUUCUAGCCAAAAAAAUAGUAUUUGGAGUAGAGACUACAGAUUUGGCAGUAAUACAGAUACUGUUCCUCACAAAAUGCAUUUGCCAGAGAAAGUAACAACCAAAGGCACUGAGAAGAUAAUUAGUAUCAAAGGGCUGAAAUUUUCAGGCAAAGAGCUCUCAGCAAAACGGCCAAGAAACGAUUUAGAAGAACUCUCAGAUGGAGACCUGCUGAGCCAAUAUUCAUUUUCAAAAGCCAAAAAAGCCAGGAAGGAGAGUGUUGAAGAUUGUGAACCACAAAAAUCUGUCUCUGCAAUGCAAAGCAUCGAGUCCUCAGAGACUCCUGUCAGUAAGGAAAGCUCCAACUCCCUGCCCGGAGUUAGAAAUAAAUUUGCUUCCUUUCUGCAAAGAAAAAACAAAGAGCGAGAUGCAGUUGUUGUUCCAGGAACAAGAAGCAGGUUUUUCUGCAAUGCUACAGAUACACUUGAUUUUCGAUCAAAGACAGAUGAUGGCCAAUUCUCUCAAAAUGUGGAGAGGGAUUGCCAGAAAGAGGAAAUAAAACAUGUAGUAGAAAAUGUUUCUCAGUCUUCAGAAACUGAAAAACCUCCACAGACUACCCUAUCCCUUCCUGGAGAAACACAGAAAAGUUGUUUCCAGUGGUCUGGCAGCUUUGAAAAUGGUUCAGCAAACCCUGGUCCAUCUCAUACCGCGUUGGCACAGCAGCUUCCCCAACAGCAGGGCAACUACGUGGCAUCCCAGGAAGAUAAGAUAAAUAAGAUGCAAACAGAUAGUGGGGCACCAUGUGGUGAAUCAGAUGAAGGAUCUUCUCCUAUAGCAGACCUGGAAUGUUCCUCACAGUCUCAGGUGUCUUGCAAGCUCUCAGAAAGCAGUUUGGAGUCUUCAGAAAUGUCACCAGAAUCUGACUUCAGUCUGAAGCCAGCUGAUAGUCCAUGCACUCAGAACUCUCCGAUAUUUUCUGCUGUACACAUCGAGAAGAAGAAUAUGCUUCCAAAGACCAAGGUUCCUGGUUUACGCAAAUCCAGUUCUGUAGGGUCACGUAUUGUGACAAAGCUUAAGCCACUGAUACCAGCUAAAGUAAGUGGAUUAAGCAAGAAACUAUCACCUGUGCAGAAGAGAAAUCUCUGUGAUAUUGAAAAUAAGGUGGGACUGCAAGCCACCAUUAGUGAGCUCUGGAAGAACUUCCAGUUUAAAAGAGAUUAUGAAAGACUUCCAUCCUGUAAAAAGUCAGACCCGUUGUCUCCAAUCAAAGAUAACAUUCAGCUCACUCCAGAAACAGAGGAAGAAAUCUUCAAUCAUCUUGAACGUAGUCAUAUUCAGAGAGCUAUUUUCCAAUGA